CGAUCCCCCGUUGUGGGUGCACACGUGCCAGCGUUCCGGAUCGUCGCAGUCGUCGAGGAAGCCGCUCUCUCCGCCAUGACCAAGUACAAGGGGUUCUCGACGACCUCGUACUACGGCGACGACAACCUGUUCGCCAGGGCUGCCGUGUGCACCCUCAUCGUUGGAGUCGCGACCUUACUGGCGCUGCUGCUGGGUUCCGUGGUGUCGGCCCGCGGCCGCGCACUCUCCAGGCCAGCCGUCUCCGGUGGGGUCGCCGGUGGUGCGGCCGUCGUCCCCAGCCAAGCCGCUGACACAUCGGCGAAGUCCAGGCGGUCGGCUCCGUAUCCAAACGCAACGAAGACGCUGAAGUCGACGAAGGCAGCGAAGGCGGCGAUUCCGGUCAACCGUCACCACGACAUCGAGAUCGGCUUGGCCUCCCGGCUGCUCAGGGAGUCUGUGGACGACAGCGCCGACCCGUGCCGAGACCUGCGCGCGCACGUGUGCUCCGGGUACGACAGCGGCGAGCUCAGGGGACGACCGCUGGAGGAGCGGGCGGCCCAAGACGUCGAGGUCGCGGUGGAGGCCGCCUUCCGUCGCGCCAUCGGCUCCUCUUCCGGACUGGUCGAGAAGCACUGGUCCUUACGCAGGGCGGCCGCCUACUACCGGUCGUGCAUGGACGCGAACCCCGAGAGUCCCGAGAACGUGAAAGCCCUCGCCGCCUUCUUGGAGCACAACGACCUGCAACUUUCGGCCGACGCCGAGGGUGGCGCUGCGUCGCCCGACUUCCUGGACAAGACGGUCGAGCUCCUGCUGCGCUACGACCUCGGGCUGUUCUUCGAUCUGCGUGUGGACGUCUUCCCCCACCGCGGGGUGCGCUUCGUCCGAGUCGUCGCCCACGCCGACUUCGUCGACUGGAAGAGGAAGCGCGUCGCCAUGGCGGACAGCAAGGAGCACGGUCCCCUCGCACAAGACGCGCUCUGCUCCUGCGGCGUCGGCAAGCAGCGUGCUCAGGAGCUGGCCCUCCGAAUCUGGACACUGGAAGACAAGCUCCUCGCCAAGGAGGUGCAGGCCGGAGACGAAGCUCCGGACUACGACGACUCCGUCGAGGAGAGCUGGAAGACGUCCCUGGAGGCGCACUCCGCGAGGGCCUUCAUGGCGGACUUCGAGCUCGACCUCGGCUCCGACGGCGCCGCGGCGUCCUUCAACGACAUGCGGUCGCGAGGGGGCGUCAGCGACGCCGGGCGCGCCCUCUACGUCGCCUGGGAGGCGUGCCGGCGUCUGGUGAACGCGAGCACGCCGGUGCCGCGGAAGGCGUCGCGGUGCGUCGCCCUGACCGCGGCCGAUUACGGUCACGUGGUGCGAGCGCCGUACCUCUUCGCGGCGCUGACGACCGCGAGGCUGGCCCAGGUCAAAGCCAUGAUCGGCGGCGUCGUUCGAGAGUUGGUAGCGAGCAUAGACGUCUCGCGUUGGAUGCCCCGCAGGCUCCGGGAGGACCUGAAGAGCAGGGUCCGUCGCAUGCGUUGGAUGUUGGGACACGCGCCUCGCCUGGACCAGUGGAGCGGAUUGGACAGGUUCUACCGUGGAUACCCGUCCGCAACGGGCGUCUUCGCGGCCGACUACUUGGCCGCGAGGCAGGAGCGCAUGCGCCGGUUCCUGCAGUCCCUGCACGACGACGACGCGGACACGCGGUUCGCCUUCGUCGAGCAGCCCCGGACCGAGCCUGCGUACGUGGCCUCGGAGAACAGGGUCGCCCUGCCGGCGGCGUCCAUGCUCGCGCCCAUGUUCGAAGAGCGGAGCCUGCCGGAGGUCAACUACGGGCUCCUGGGUUCCGUGCUGCUGAGGGUCAUGACCCGCGCAGCCAUCGACGAGAUCGACGCCAGGCACGCCGGCGACAACCAGGACGCUUGGAGCCAGCGCAGUGCGAAGCAGUUCGUUGAAAGGUUGUCGUGCAAAGGGACGUCGGCAGACGUCACGGUCGGCGCGCCGAGCGCGUCCGUCGGGGUUCGCGCCCUGCUUCGGGCAUUCCGAAAAGCGGCCGCUGAAGAUGGCCGCCGUCGCACGAUGUCGCCGACGGAGCGCAGCAGCCGUGGCCGUCUGUUCUUCAUGAGCCGCUGUCUGCUCUUCUGCGCCGACGACCGCAGCGGGGCUCCGAGACCGGCGACGCACCAUCGCUGCAACGUCAUGGCCCGCCGUUCGUCCGAGUUUGCGGAGACCUUCGAAUGCUCGAACUGGCGAAACCGGACGCGGGACCGGUGCGACGUCUGGUAGCCCAGCGAGAGACCAGCAUGCGGUCAGCUGUGCGGGCCUCCGAGAUCUGGAGGCUUGCGCGCGCGCACGGCUCAAUGCUCGGAGGCCACGGGUUGGCGCUGUCGAUGAAGGCUCGGUUGGAAAGUAGCGCGGAAAUGUAUAGAGAACGCCGGCUUUGAGAGGAAAACCGUCGUUACUUUUAUUA